AUGCCUAAUGGAUCUCUAGAGAAGUUCAUAUUUAAAAAAGAUUCACCAUCUGAUCAUCAAUUGCAAUGGGAAACAUUGUAUAAGAUUGCAGUUGGCAUAGCUCGAGGAUUGGAGUACUUGCAUAGAGGUUGUAACAAUCGAAUCUUGCAUUUUGACAUAAAGCCUCACAAUAUUCUUUUAGAUGAGAACUUUUGCCCAAAGAUUUCGGAUUUUGGCCUCGGGAAAGUAUGCCCUAGAGAACAAAGUAUCAUAUCAAUGUUGGGUGCAAGAGGAACUGCAGGAUAUAUAGCUCCAGAAGUAUUUUGUAGAAACUUUGGAGGGGUCUCACACAAAUCAGAUGUUUAUAGCUAUGGAAUGAUGAUUUUGGAAAUGGUUGGAGGUAGAAAGAAUAUAGACACUGAGGUUGAUCGUACCAGUGAAAUAUUCUUUCCAUAUUGGGUUUAUAGGCGCCUUGAACUCGAUGAAGAACUAACAUUGAAUGGUCUCAUGACUGAAGAGGAUCGACAAAAUGCAAAAAAGAUGACAAUAGUGAGCUUGUGGUGCAUACAGACUAACCCAUCAAACCGGCCUGGAAUGAGUAGAGUUGUCGAAAUGUUGGAAAUGAGCCUUAACUUCUUACAAAUCCCUCCUAAGCCUUUCUUGUCUUCCCCGUCAAGAUUAGAAGCUGAUUCUUCGACUACAAUGGUUCUAUCUCACUCUAGUUCUAUAGUGCCCUAA